AUGGCAGGCGACCCCGCGAAACGUAACCAGAACCUAUAUUGCAAAUAUCACCAAGAGCCGGGCCACACCACCGAUGACUGCAGGAAUCUGAAAAACCACUUGGAUCGGCUGGUUCGAGAGGGAAAGCUGAGACACCUCUUGCAUUAUCCUGGUGGACGGCAGGAGCAGACGAGCGUCGAGGCAAGGCAAAGCACAUUGAGACCUCCCAUUGGCACGAUAAAUGUCAUUUUUGCCACUCUAGGAAAAACUGGCUCCUAUCCUUUUAGAGUGAUGUCGGUGGCCCGACUCCCCAUUGAAGCUGACGAUCGGGAGUCUAAGAAGGCUAAAGGGAUGGCCUCACCCAUAAUCGGAUUCUCGGAUGAGGAUAAAGUUGGAACCAUCCAGCCCCACGACGAUGCUCUUGUCGUCACAUUCAGGAUUAGGAGAUAUGACGUGAAGAGGGUGCUAGUCAAUCAGGGCAGUGCCGUGGAAGUAAUGUACCUCGACUUGUACAAGGGGCUGAAGCUGAGACCAGAAGACCUGAUAGCAUACGACUCCCCUUUGGUGAGUUUCGAUGGGAAAACUAUUACUCCGAAAGGCCUGAUUAGGCUGCCUAUACAGAUAGGCUCGGACAUAGUCGAGGUGGACUUCAUAGUGGUGGACGCAUACUCGCCCUACACCGCCAUUGUAGCCAGACCAUGGCUUCACGCCCUAGGAGUUGUAUCAUCAACCUUACAUCAAAAGGUGAAGUACCCGUUAGAGGGUCGGGUCAAAGAAGUGAUAGGGGACCAAGUCAUAGCCUGGCAAUGCAUGGUGUCUACCAUCUCACGACAAUUGAGUACUGAACCCUCUACCACUGCUGAGGACGGCUUGUAG